GUGGAUCAGCCGGAAAGUAGUUUGCCUGCCAAAAAUUGGAGGGGUUUGAGUCCUUCGUUCAUCGAGACUAUGUCAUUCAUGGAAGAAAGUGGAGAUUUCGAUGGAGCACUUCGGGAGAAAAAUGUUCCCAAGCCUCCGCCGCGAAGAAGGAGGCAAGCACAGGAGGGAGAGAACCAGUCGGAGCAGCAAGCCUCCAGCUCUCAAGUGCUGCCGAAACAAUCUGGAUGGUCCGCGUCAAACGAGUCUGCUCCUCCUGCCGGUCGACGACGAGGAGAUGACACGCAGGCAACGGAAGUGAACAACAACAUCGCAGCAUCUAAUGACGACGACGACAUCUUGAUCAUCCCCGACCUAGAAGGGGAGCACGAGGACGACCUGUCGACUGUGGUGGCGGAGCCUGGAGUGGUCGGGGGCGAAGCUCUGCCGACGUCGUUCAAAGACGAUUACGGGAGCCUUCCUCCCUCUCAGGUCAACGGCAUAGACCUGAGCCUCCUCUACGAACGCCUCCUUCCCUUGAAACAGCUGCGAGUCAAGGAGGGGAACUGGAACCCCGACAUGAUGCUCAACAACUUGAAGCAGGAGAUGCAGGAGGAGGCGGAUAAGAAGGAAGAGCAUAUGAGAGAAGAUACCGAAAGUCAGCCUUGAGGAUCGUUGAGGGGAUCGCGUGGGCUGCAAAUGGAAAUACAAACUGCGAUUGGCUGAUGAAUUCAAGCUAGUGAAGCAGAUGGUAAUGUUUGAAACUUUCCAAAUUUAAGCCAGCUGCC